AUGGCCAUCGACACAGAGAUUGUGACCCAGUCCCUCCCUCCCACUCCUCCCCGUUCACCCCCAAUCACAGAAGACGACAUUUACGACGUCAUUAUUGUCGGCGGUGGCCCGGCCGGCCUUGCCAUUGCUGCCCGCCUUCGCGAAGACACGCCGGCAGCCAUCUUCACCGACGAAGAGCACCGCCGCUACACUUGGCUGCGGAAAUAUGGCAAGCGCGUCUCCGUUCGCCAUGUCAAGACAAACAAGGACAUUCCGCGGGGCCCGGGCUCGUCGUCGCCGCCCAUGAAGAUGGCCGUCCUCGACGCAUCGUCCGACGCCUGGCUCGGCCGCUGGAACCGCCUCUUUGGCGCCUACGGUAUUGCCUUCUUGCGCAGCCCCCUGCUUUGGCACGUCGACCCCCUGGACCGCGACUCGCUGCUGGCCCGCGCCCACGAGCAGGGCACGCCCGACCGCGACCUGUUUGACAUUGGGGCCUGCGUCGGCAAGGAGAUUAGCAAGCACUUGAAAAAGAAGAGGACGCAGCAUCGUCGCACCACCGCGCAGGGCCGCGGCGCCGGUCUCCAAGACGGCCAGCCCAACGUCGACAUCAACGAGCGCGACCGCAACGACUACUUCACGCCGUCGCGGCAGCUGUUUACCGACCACUGCAACGGCGUGCGCGACCGCUACGGCCUGGCCGGCGGUGUGCUGCGCCACGAAACGCUGCGCGCGCUCGACUACGGCGUCGUGCGAGGCGUGUCCCGCGACGACGGCGACGACGACGACCCCCUCUUCACGGUGACGACCGACAACGCGCGUCGGUACGCGCGCAUUGUCGUGCUGGCCGUCGGCCCGGCCAAUGCGGCCCGGGUGCCCGCCCACAUCCCCGGACUCGCCGAGGCGGCGCGCUGGCUUCGGGCGACCAACGCCAAAGCCGACGCAGCAGCAGCCACCGGCCUGGACGGCGAGACCUUGUAUCCCCACGCCGGCCACACGUUCCACCUGCGCCAGGUGCCGGACCCGGCGCUGGCGGCGCGCAUCCAGGCCCAGGUGCCCACCAACGUGCUGGUCGUCGGCGGCGGCCUCACGUCGGUGCAGAUCACCGACCUGCUUGUGCGCCGCGGCGUCACGCGCGUGUGGCACCUGAUGCGCGGGCCCAACGUCGUGGUCAAGUACUUUGACGUCGACCUGCGCUGGAUGGGCAAGUACCGCAACCGGGAGCAGGCGCGGUUCUGGUCGGCCGACACGGACGAGGAGCGCCUGGCCAUUGUCCAGGACGCGCGCGGCGGUGGCAGCGUGACGCCGCACUUUAGCAAGGUGCUCCGGGGCCACGUCGCGUCCGGCAAGGUCCGGCUCCACACGGGCACGCAGGUGGCCCGCCUCGCGUUUUCGCCCGCAUCCGCCACCUGGGCGGUGACGACGACACCCCCGAUUGCCGACCUCCCGCCCAUGGACCACAUCUACUUUGCCACCGGCAUCGACACGGACGUGCGCCGUCUGCCGUACUUGCAGACGAUGCUGGACAAGUUCCCCAUCGAGACGGUCGGUGGCUUCCCCUGCCUGGCCGAGGACCUGCAGUGGGCGCCAGACGUGCCGCUGUUCUGCUCCGGCAAGCUGGCGAUGCUGCGGAUCGGCCCGGCCGCGCCCAACAUUGGCGGCGUCAAGCUGGCGGCAGAGCGCAUUGGGCUGGCCGUGGAGGAACGGCUGCGGCAACAGAAGCGACGUGACGGCGAGGAUGGCAUGGAGGAGACACCCGACGAGCAGACGGACUACUUUAGUGGUGUUGGCAGCAAGUACAAGUGUCUCGCGAGUGUUGGGGCGUGA